AUGGAUAUUGUAGGCCGCAAUUCUAUUCUGGCUGCGCAAGGGACAUCACAUACUAGGCUCAAAAGCUUUAUCACAAGAGCUAUUGAUCAGCCUGAUGCUCUGCGUCGCAUUGCCAUCAAGGUCCAACCCCGAGUGGCUUCUGCCCUCCGAUCUUGGGCCGAGAAGGGUACUGUUGUUGCUUACAAUGAAGUCAAGAAGGUAACCUUUGAAAACAUCGGCAAACUUUUUGCCAACUUGGAGCCUAGUCCGGUUCUGGAUACACUUGACGAGAUGUUUGAUGGGAUGCUUAUGGGAAUUAGAAGUUAUCCAAUCAAUUUUCCGGGUACUCCUUUUCACCAUGGUAUCCAGUGUCGAAAUAAAGCCAUCGGGAUUUUUAGGGAAGAGUUGGAAAGGAGAAAGAUGUACCAGAACAGUGACAACACUACGAAGGAUGUAAUGGAUGGGCUGAUGCUGUUGAAGGAUGAUGAAGGAAAACAAUUAGAUGACAUUGAGGUUAUCGAUAACAUUCUCGGUCUUGUUGUUGCUGGUUAUGAAACCACUUCCAUUUCAAUCACUUGGACUCUUUACUAUCUUGCUAAAUACCCCCAUGUACUCCAAAAGCUUCGGGAGGAGCAUAUGCCUUUGAGGAAGGAAAAGGAUGGUGAGUUCAUCACAAGUGAUGAGAUCACAAAAUUGAGAUAUACGUACCAGGUGGUGGAAGAAAUAAUAAGAUUGGCUAACAUAGCAUCAACUAUAUUUCGAACAGCUGCGAAAGAUGUUGAGUACAAAGGUUAUAAAAUACCAAAAGGUUGGAAGGUAAUUCUCUGGGCUAGAUACCUCCAUACAGAUCCGGAAAACUUUGAGGAUCCAUUGUGCUUUAAACCAGAAAGAUGGAAUGAACCUGCAAAGCCCGGAACAUUCCAAGUAUUUGGUGGGGGAUCAAGAAUUUGUGCUGGAAACAUGCUUGCUCGCUUACAAAUCGCCAUUUUUGUUCAUCAUUUGGCUGCAGGAUGCAAGUGGGAAUUGGUCAACCCUAAUGCAGAGGUCACUUAUCUUCCUCAUCCAAAACCAGUCGAUGGUGUUGAGAUUGCUAUUAGCAAACUCGGAUUUGAACGCACCUUGGUGGAGGGUCAGGAAAAUGCUAGAGGUUCUGUGGCCACUAAGGUGGCUUUGGGGCCCUUGCAAUCUAAAGUUAAGGAAGCCAGCCAACCAAGUGAGACUGGAAUGGAGACAUCCCUCAUUAAUGCACUUUCCCUCAUUGAUGAAGGUGAGGUAAGUAUUGGAGACUCGGGACAAGGCAAUAAAGUGCAGAAUGGUUCAAAUGACAAUAGUCAUUUAGCUGACCUGCUACCCAGAUCUGGGUCGAGAUCUGCUGUUCUUAAGCCUUGUAAACUACUACCCAACCAAGGAGUGAUAAGGUGGGUAAUAAGCAUAAAGGAAAGGGUGGAAUCAAAGCCCCUUGGAAUCAAGUCUUGA